AUGAUCGCAGAGCCGGUGACGCCGGGAAACAAGGGCAUCGGCUUUGGGAUCCUCACCUUUGUCAAGUCGACGGCAGGGCACGAGGAGUGGAAGGCAUCCUCCUUCACGGUGAAGCUGGGGCGCGCGCCGCAGGCCUUCGCGGCGUCGUUCGAGUUUGUCGGCCACACCAAGUUCCGCGGCGCCCCAAAGAUCGAUUGCCUCGUCAAGCAGGGCCGCGAGGAGCAGCGGCCGACUCUGCUGGCAAAGUGGACCGAAGACUUGGCGCGUUUGCGGCGAGCCAGGCACACCGCCUCGCCGCUGCUCGUGCUCGCCGCCGGCGUCGUGCUCGGCGUCGGCCUGUGGGCCGCGCGCCGCCGCUUCGUCGCGCCGCAGCGGAGAGGGUACACGGCGGGCGCCGGCUUCUCGACGUCAUCGGCGUCCAACGAGGCGUCGACGCUGAUGAAGGAGACCGCCCGCGCGUAGCGGUGCGUGGCCGCCGCAACAGCGGGGAGGGUUGGGAUUGCACAUGCGACGGGGCCACACUCGUGGGUGCAAGGGUGGGGUCUCUGGGCAGGGAUGGGGCGAACGUCAUGUUCAUGUAGUUUAGUCGUGUGAGCAGUGAGGGGGUUUGGUAGCGGCGCUCUUGCGUUCUGUGGCCGGUGGAUUGUGCUGGUUCUCAC